AUGAAGGCCAAGGAAAGGGGGAAACCCGAGCAUGAAAAUGGGCACCGGGAUUGCGAUCACUGGCAUGAAUGCGAUGCCUCGCUGCAUCCCGCACAUCGCCUCCCGCUCGACAGCAUUUUUCUCUACGGCACAUCGUCACGCUGCUGUGUUAUUGGCACCGACGCGACGCGGCGCGACUACCAUGUGCUGGAUUUCACAAGAUCCAACAGUGACACGCUCCGCUACGACGUCACCACCACGUACACAUCCGAUGACAUCGAGUCCCUUGUUGCACACCUCAAGAGAGAGCCGAAUGUGCGCGUGUUGCGUGCCAAGGCGUUGCUUGGCUGUGUCCGCUUCACAAGGGGAUACUAUCUGCUGCUGGCGACGCGGCGUCGGUGUGUGGCCCGAUUGGGUUUCCACCGCAUAUUUGAGGUGGCUGAUAUUGAACUUGUGUCGUUGUGCGCUCAGGAGACGACAACAGCAACAGCGGGUGUGGGCGCGUCGCCCCUCUUGCCGCCCCGCACCGUGGAGGACUACUACCGCAACCAGUUUCUCGCAUCGUCGCUGAAGCAGAAUUUUUACUACUCUCACACCUAUGACCUGACGAACACUCUGCAAACGAACAUGACGGUUCCCUUCAGAGAGCGCAAGCUACGUGAUAAGUUUGUGUGGAACGAGUUUCUCGUUGAACCGCUUUUCACGCCAUUCACGACGCGCAGUGCCGCAACGGAAGAAGAGGCAUUGUUAAGCCCCGCUGGCAUCGGUCAGUGGACGGUGCACCUGGUGCAUGGCUCUGUUGUGCAAUGCCCGGUAUGGUGCAACUCGCGCCCCCUUCUUGUUACUCUCAUUGGUCGUGUCAGCAAGAACUUUGCUGGCGCACGGUAUCUGCGCCGCGGCGUUAGCAGCGACGGGCAUGUUGCGAACCACGUGGAGGUGGAACAAAUCGUCGUGGACGAAUCAACGCUCCACACACACUUUACAAGGGGAGGGUUCACUUCUUAUGUGCAGGUGCGAGGCUCGGUUCCGCUGCAUUGGUUUCACCCCCCAACACAGCUGCCGAAGCCACCCAUCAAGUUGGGUGUCACGGAUCUGUACUAUACUGAUACACGGAAACACUUCCAGGAGUUGCUGGAAGAUUAUGGGGCGCCGCUGAUCAUAAUGAACUUGCUUCGGCAGCGCGAGAAACGUCCGCGUGAAACCCUACUUAGUUCCGAGUACCGUAAAGUCGUGGCGAUGUUGAAGGGCCUUAUCGCUCGAGAGGAGAAGGUGAGGGAGGAUGAAGAAGUGGAAGAGAUCCUCUUGUAUGAUGAAUUCGAUAUUCGUGAGGCAGCACACGACGCGUGGAACAAUACGACUGCGCUGGCAGAAGGGGCACUGGAAAAAACGGGUUUCUUUGCAUGCAAUAGCAGUGGGACGAGAGUGCGGCGGCAAGAUGGUGUCGUGCGUAGUAAUUGUGUGGAUUGCGUUGACCGUACAAAUCUCGCCCAAUUCUUUUUUGGGCUCCACGCCUUGGGGCACCAGCUCGGCGCAUUGGGCCUUCUCCACGCUCCUGUGGAUAUUUCCCUCUCACCCGGCGUGCAGGAUCUCCUAUUGCGUAUGUACCUCCUCAUGGGUGACGCUAUCGCUGUGCAGUACGGCGGCUCACCGCAGGUGGGCGCUGGGGUGUUGAACAGAGGAACCGGGUGGGACAAAAUAAUGGGAAUUAAACGUCUCUACAACAACAUGGUCGGUGACCGUGAAAAACAGUCUGUAUUAAACCUCUUCUUGGGGAGGUACCAGCCAUACCCAAGCAUGCACUCUGCUGCGCCUAACCCGGUGAUGCGCAUCCCUGGUGCUAACGACGGCGGUGGCGGCGGCCAUGGCAGGAGUAGCAUCAGCAGCAACGUGAGGGACGAGAGGGCUUCCACAGCACGCUACAGUCUGCCGCACGUCGGGCCCGAGGGGCGCGUCGGUCGUGUGGUUGACUUGUCAGAGAUCGAGUCUGACUACUAUCUGCAGGUAAAGAGCGCCCCGUCACUUGCGAAACCCGAUUUGGUGACGGGUUGGUGGAAAGAGCCGCUGCGUCGCUUUCACCUCGCGCUUCACCGCCGCCGGACAACGUUGUCUCCGUCAAGACAGAGAGUGGCGGAUGCACAAGAGGCGGAAGAUAUCCGCAGAAUGUGUCUCCGUGAGCGCGCUGCCGCCUUGGUGGUGAAGCAAGAUGCCGACGCCGACACUGGAGAAUCCGGCGGAUGUGUGGCAUUGCAAGAUGGGGAAGUGUUUCUUUUGGUGUCGACAACACCAUUAACUACGCUAGUCCGCCGAACGAUGGUGUUGCCAUGCCGCCAGCUCCCUCUGGGAGAAUCAAUUCUCCUGCAGGAUCUCAUGAAACAGAGUGGGAUUGGCCUCAAAAGCGUGUCCCACGACACUGGACUUCAGGCAGAGGAAAUGUUGCAUGAUUAUUGCACAUACCCGGCGGAGGUGCGAGCAAGCAUCUUUUAUCGCGACAUUGAAGCUGUGCGACGAUUAUGUGACCAGUGUGAGCCCCCUGAUGAACUGCGGCGCAUGCAGAUGGCGGUGCUCACAAAGAACGGUGACCCGGCUGACUGGAACACAGAGACGGUCGUCGAGGCGCUGAUGGAUGUGGAGCCGGAAGUAAACGCUAGUACUAUCAACUACCUACGGCAGAUGAAUGUAGAUGGAUACACCCUGCUGUACCAGUUGAGCACUGAAUUGAUGGGACAGAAAGUUAUAUUGAGCCGCUUUGUCGAACUUCUGCGUCAGUUGCCGCGUGCAAGCUUGGAGAAUGCGCGAGUAUGUCUUCAGGAGUGUGUAGUGUCCACGGAGAAAAUGUGCGAUGCCGAAGGAGGCAGUGACCUUGGGCAGCAUAUCGCCUUCCCAGACAUCACAUGCCGAAUCCUGCAGCCAUUCUUCCAGGAGGCACUAUACCCUGCCACUGUGGGCUCAGUCGUGAGGCUGCUGCUGCAGGAAAUGACAGACGAGGAGCGUGGCGUCCCGCGCAGCAACCGUCUCCGGUACCGUGAGAAGACCAAUCAGCGCGUCCCGCCUGCUGUCGUUGCGUUGAACUCCUUCAAUGCAAAGGAGCUGCACCAGUGGCUGUUGCGUGAGUCGCGGCGUCUGGGUCUCACUCUACAUCAGUACGUUGAGCGCCAUGAGGCGUCUCAGGUGGGGUGGAAGUUUUUGCUUUGGCUUGCGCACGCUAGUCUGGUAACGCGCAUCAUUAUCGAACCAGCUUUUGGCGUCUUUGUGCAGCCCGCGAUCAAGCUGAAUGAUUUCGCAUCUCGCACGAACCUGUUUACCCUGCGAUCCCUUGAAGAGGUACAUGUGCUUAACAGAAUCAGUACGCAAAGAGGUGGGAGACCGGCAGACUCCGGCGGAGGUACACCCCCGCUUGCCGACUCUGCGGCUGCUUACGCUGAGUCUUUGGUGAGUUUGGCAUUGGACAUGCUCUCUUCUUUGCAAGAAAUGGUAAUAAUGACAGGUAGUGGGGACAGCACUCACGAUUCAGCUCUACGUGCGAUUCUGAAUAGCGUCGCGGCAUUAAGCUCUCACCUCAUGGAGGUUGAUCUCACAGCAAUGCGAUCAUGUGAGCAGUGGUGCUUCUGGGCAAACGUAUUCAAUGCGCUUUACAUCCAUGCAUGGCUAGCGGCUCCAGGGAAGCGAGUGCAGGACUAUACAAGCUUUUACACUGCCAACGGGUAUGAAAUCGGGGGUUACUUCUUUUCACUGAACGACAUCAAAAAUGGCAUCCUUCGCGGUAACAAGCCGGCUCCCUUUUCCCUGCUGCCGCCAUUUGAAUCUGGUGAUCCGCGGCUGUUGUUUGUGCCCGCGGACAUCGAAGAGGCCUUAGGUGGUAGUUACUUGGAUGCGAAAAGAACAGUAAGAACUGCUUCAAUAAAUCGUAUGCAAAGCCGUAUUCUGAUUACCCUUAUCGACUGCUAUUUAGUGCCGGAUAAGUUUGAGAAUGUGUCGUUGUACAGCCCUCGCACGCUCUUCAAUGAAGAGGAUCAAGCGGCUCUCGAUGCCACGAUCAGCAUCAGCGACAUCUCAAUCGUGGCCACGGAUGCGAAUGAGAGUGACAACGACAACCCAAAUGACGGUGGCGAUGAAGACCCAGAUGCUCGGGCAUCGCCCCUUUUUGUAGGUGGUGUUUUGCGUCGAGCAACUGGAUUUCCAGUAGGAGCGGCGAAUUGGUUCAGCUCGUGGUUCGGUCAUCGACAGGUGAGCAAGACUUCCAUAUUUACGCAUCCGUGCCUCCCUCUUGUUGCGGCUACACUGCCAGAGCAGAUGUAUCUGAUUGAAGACCACAUGCUGCGUUCACUCAGCAACACUUCGCAGGCAAUGGUGAUGCGAAACGGUGUCCUGUGCCCUCGCUCAGUGCUACCACUGCUCAUUUACCCAGAAGAGUUUGGUGCCACCACGGAGGAGAUCAUUCGCUCGCUGCACCACACGCACAUGAACGCUGCAGGAAAGAAGCAACAGCUUUCCGCCUCAGUGGGUGAAUGCGAAUCUCCCCUUGUUUCGGUGGAAGGGCCGUAA